AAGUACAACUUGUCUGUUCCGUGUUCUGCUGUACGGGAAGAUAGUAAGAUAGUCCAUACAUGUAUAUGACACGUUGUUGUGCUGUUUAGCAAAGCGAACUGUGCUAGCGUCAGCGAGGAGCGCCAAGUUUGAACUAUGAUGCGCAGACCACGAACAACUACUGCCAAAGUGGUAGAGAACAGAGAUCUGGACUCCGACUUGUCCUUUUCCCAGACGGCGAGUAGUGAUGAGGAGGAUAAUGAGGAAUGGAGGCCAACAGAGCCAAAGCCAAAAGCCCCCAGCAAGGCAGCCAGAGCCCCUGCAGCAGCCGGGGAGAAGAAAGCAGCUGCCAAGAGAACUGCUAAACCGAAGGAGCCAAAAGCACCCAAACAACCUAAAGCUCCUAAAGUGCCUAAAGUUCCUAAACCAAGGGCACCACCCAAACCUGCAGCAGAGCGAAAAACACAGGCCCGUAAAGUCCCAAAGAGUCCUGGUGCACCAGGGUUGGCUGGAAGAAAGAGGAAAAAUAUUGAUGAAGGCAAAAAGGAUGAUAAGGUUGGAGAAGACAAAGGAGGAAAACAAAUGGACUGUCCAGAGGGAGAGACGGCCAAAGAGAGUGGACCAAGUAUCAGAACAAAGGAGGAGAGGGUGUCAUUUAUCGUGUCAGACGCCCAUCAGGCAGGCGAGGGGUCGUCACUAGCUGGGCUUCAAGCAAAGAAAGAGGAAGUGGAGGAGGAGGAUUUCACAUUUGAUGAGCCCUGUCAAAAGAAGCAGAAGAUCAAUGGUGCCUACGUGGGACAACCAAAUGCUUUACCAUCAUCAGAAGGACAUGCUCUGAAGAAUGAACUCAAUAUGAACUGGGACUUGAUGGAGCUGCUGGCCACCCUGACAUGUGUUGAGCAAUGGGUGUGCGCAAACAUCAUCGGGCUGCUUCGUGAGGAGAACACAGUGCCGUUCAUGGUGCGCUACCGCAAAGAGAUGAUUAACCACAUGGACGCCGAUGCUGUCCGAGACGUCCAGCUGGUGUACGAGGAGUUAUGCUCUCUAGCCAAGAAGACCCAGUCUGUGAUUCAGACCCUGAAGAAGGACGGGGUUUUGACAGCUGAGCUGGAACAAAACCUGAGGAGCUGCCGAUCAGCUGAUGAACUGGAUCAUGUGUAUUCUCCCUAUAAGAAAGGCAGUAAGCUGACGAAGGCUCGCAGGGCCAAAGCACUCGGCCUUGAGGAGGCCACCUCUGUACUCAUUGACGCACCGCACACUCUGGAUUUAAGGACAUGGGUAAAACCUGGUACUGAGGGUCUGUCAUCGGUGGAAGAAGUGGCUACAGGUGUGGAGCAUAUCUUGGCUGAUAUGAUCGCCAAAGACCCUGAGACACUCACCUACGUGAAAACAUUGUGUGACAAAAGCUUUGUGACCAUGCAGUCCGCUGUGUCCAAGUCGGCACUGAAGGAAAAAGAGCAGGAGAAGUCUGUCCAAGGCCCUCAUAAACCAGGGCCCCAGCACAACAAAAACAAGGACAUCGACAAGUUCCACCUCUACGUCGACUUCAACUGCAACAUCAACCGCAUCCAGCCUCAUCAGACCCUGGCUAUCAACCGAGGGGAGAGUCUGAAGAUUUUGACAGUGAAGGUGAACAUUCCCGACAGGGUGAAGAGCGACUUCACUCGGUGGUGCCUCAGCAGCAGAUGGAGGCCGAAGAUGUUUGCAAAAGAAGAGCUUUUUGCAAUCAUCAGGAAUGCUGUAGAGGACUCUUAUAAAAGACUUAUUCUGCCUUUCCUCAUUCGGAGUUACAGGACUAAGCUGACAAGUGCAGCAGAGAAGGAGUCAAUCUCCAUGUUUGGGCGGAACCUGCGGCAGCGCUUGUUGGUGUGUCCAGUCAGAGGCUGUGUCAUCAUGGGCGUGGACCCUGGCUUUAGACAUGGCUGUAAGCUGGCUGUUCUCUCCCCCACUAGUCAGAUUCUUCAUACUGAUGUCGUGUACCUGCAUAGUUCAGGCCAGCAAAGAGAAGCAGAGAAACUGUGCCACCUUAUGAUGAAAUACAGCUGUGCCAGGGUUGUCAUUGGCAACGGGACAGCGUGUCGUGAGACCGAGUCCGUCUUCGCUGACCUCAUCGCUAGGCGCCGUUUUCACCCCCUGGACGUGUCCUACUGUAUAACCAAUGAGGCAGGAGCAUCCAUCUACAGUGUGAGUCCUGAGGCUGUUAAAGAGAUGCCAGACAUGGACCCCAACCUUAGGAGUGCAGUGUCAAUUGGAAGACGUGUCCAAGAUCCACUGGCUGAGCUUGUGAAGAUUGAUCCUAAACACAUAGGCAUUGGAACGUACCAGCAUGACGUGUCAUCUGGAGCUCUUAAGACGGCACUGGACGCUGUGGUGCAGGAAUGUGUGAGCUUUGUCGGUGUGGACAUCAACAUCUGUUCCGAGACGCUGAUGAGGCAUGUAGCAGGCAUGAACGUGGGCAGGGCGCGGAAUAUCGCAGAGUGGAGAGAGCAGAACGGUCCCCUCAUCAACAGAGAGCAACUCAAACUGGUCAAAGGCAUGGGGCCCAAGACCUACCAGCAGUGUGCCGGCUUCAUUAGAAUCAACCCGCAAACCCUACACAGUGCCAAAUCCUCACCUCACCCCGUACCAGGGAAACCAGCGGCUAAGAAGGGCAAAGGAAAGACUGGUGUCAACAUAUCAAACUCAUUUAACCCUCUGGACCAAACCUGUAUACACCCAGAGUCCUACCAUGUGGCACAGAGGUUUCUGUCCCUCGUGGGUGGGAGUGCAGACAAGAUCGGGAGUGAAGGCCUGCGACAGUGCGUGGAGAGCAAGGUUAGGACCGGCAGUGUCAAGGAACUGGCCGGGACGGUGGACACCACACCCGAGACCCUCCAACUCAUCAUAGAUGGCCUCACGCAGCCGCCUGGGUUCGACAUCAGACAAAGUUUCGGGCAGGCGGACUUUAAGCGGGGCAUUGUGUCGAUGAGCGAUCUGCGGGUGGGCGCGGUGCUGACGGGCCGGGUGGACAACACCACUCUGUUCGGGGCUUUUGUAGAUAUCGGUGUCGGCAAAUCGGGCCUCAUCCACAAGAGCAACAUCACCCUGGACAAACUGCCCGUCAGCCAGCGCGGCCGCAGCCUGGCGCUGGGACCCGGGGAACGGGUGGAGGUCCGGGUCCUGAAUUUGGACCCUCAGAGGGGACGGAUCGGGCUGGACCUGAUCAGGAUCCUGCAAUAGAGUCCCCUUAAUUCCCAUAAUUAAUAUCCUUUAAUUGGAGUGGAUUCAUGACAGUAAAAUUAGCUACUGAGAAGCAAAUAAGUUGAACUGAUAUGGUUCUCCUGAGCAGAUAAGCAGAGCUGAGUCAUUUUAACAGGCAAACUGUCACUUAGCGAUCAUGAUAUCACACAGCCAACAACCAAUGUCGACAUAAUUUGCGAGGGCUUGCAAUUUUAAACUGCAGUUCCUGCAUUUUUCUGAAAAAAUGGUCAAAUCAAAAGAAAAUAAUCCAGCUCAGAAACGGCUGUUACAAGUCCAGUCAAAUCACAUCAAACUUCCUCACCCUUCUGGUAAUCGCUGGGAGAGUUUCUCUCCCCUGAAGUCAUUUUCUCAGGUAGUACUUAUUCUCAGCCUGUUAAUGCUAAAUGUGUAUCACUGGGAGUGCUACUUUGGAUUGAACACUAAGCCUGAUUCAGCUUGUUGGCUAGCCGUCUGCAUAGUGCACACUAUACUGUCUACUGGUCAUUAGUGAAGACUUAGAAAAGAUGGGGCGACUCAUUGAGAUGGAAGCCACAAUUAUUUGCACUUUAGCAGUAGAUAGCUUCAUCCUUGAGCUGCCAUUGUUUAUGUUGUAUGAAUAUAUGAUACUUCCAAUAUUAUUCACAUCCUUAAAUAAAUGAAACUCUUCAAGAUAUCUUUUGUUUUGUACCGCUCUGAACAGUUUUUCAAAGCACUCGUUUGUAUCUUUGUUAUUCGAAGCAGACUUUGUUUACUGUGUUUGUGGACACUUGAACAAACCAACUGAGGGGACUCAACAUGUAAUCUUCAACAGACUUCAAACUGUAAAAUGACUGGCUUCAUCUGCAGAUGAGGUUUUGACAUUAAAGAAUAUGUUCUGUAUA